CCCAAGUCGCGCCGCAGCAUGCCACCCAUCCGCUCCGAGAGCCAGACGCCGUCGCCCACGCGCCCCAAGGCCAGCAGCAGCACUGCCUGGACGGGCGAGGAGCUGCAGACGAUGAUGCUCUACCUCAUCGGCAAGAACGUCGUCACGCUCAGCAAGGCCGACGUCGAGCGCCUCCAGGAGCUGCUGCCUGGCAGGUCGCCCGACAGCGUGCGCCACACGUGGAAGAACCGCAUCAAGCAGCAGUCGGCGGAGCUGCAGAUCGGUGCUGCGUCCGCUCCUCCGCCCAAGAAGCGCGCCAUCAAGAAGUCCUCCCCUGAAGCAGCAAGCGGCACGGAGAGGGGUCAUGCCGGCUGGUCCGCCGUCUCACUGCCGGAGACAUCAUGGUCCGCCGCGGUCUGCGGCGGUCGAGCCGGCGAGAGCUCAUCAAGAGCUGUCCCGCGCUCCGCGGGCCCCCUUGACUUGCCACCUCUCUCCACUACCCUCACUGCACCACCCGUCAUGCCCAAGCGCAAGUCCAGCUCCUCGCCCGGGCCCGGCUCGCACGCUCGGCGCACGGGACCCACUGUGGCGUGGACGCCCGAAGAGCGCAAGCUGAGCAUGGCCACGACCGCAGUCAAUACCGUGCUGCUCUACCUCGUCGCCAAGAGCCAGCUGACUCUCAGCAAGACGGAUCUAGAGAGGCUGCAGGAGCUGCUGCCCGGCAGGACUGCCGAGGGAAUCCGCUUGACGUGGAAGAACAAGCUCAAGCCGCAGUGCGCAGGCCUGCUGGCCGGCGAUGUUGCCGGCGACGAGAAGAAGCCAGCAAGUCCUGCGAAGAAGGCCUGCAAGGCGGAAGCGAAGCCGAGCGCGGCGAAGAAGGCCAAGGCUGAGGCUUCCGAUUCGGGCUCCGAGUGA